AUGGCGGACGCGUCGACUCGUUGGUUCGUCGCGUCGCCCGCGCUGCUCGCCCAGGAGCUGGCGCGCACUUUCCGCGCCUUCGGCCGCCUCAAGCAGCACUUCCAGAACAACCUGCAGGAGACGGAGGAGUACUUCGCCGAGCUGCAGGACUGCGGACACUACGACGAAGACCAGCGCAGCUGCAUCUCUUUCCCGGCACACGAGCUCGCCUACCUCCACUCGGUGGGCGACUGCGCCCCGUGCCUCCUCAUCGCCGGCACCAGCGACGGCGCCAAGCUGCGUGCGCUCGAGUGCAUCCUCGGGGAGCGCGUGCUGCCCGACCUUCCCUCGGACGCGGACAAUGCGGGCGGUGGAACUGCCGACGGCGUCGGGAACGGCAAUGGCGGCGGCGGCGGCGACGGUGGCGGCAGCACGGGAGCGGCGUGCCGGGCAACGCGGCUGCGGCACGGCACGGAGCGUCGCGCCAGCCUCGUCCUGCCGGGGCAGUUUGAGCUGCUGCACCCGCAGCAGGCCACGCCGCCGCAGCAGCCUCUGCAGCAGCAGGAGCAGUCGCAACAGCCGCAGCAGCAGCAGCUGCAGCAGCAACAGCUACAGCAGCAGCUACAGCAGCAGCUGCAACAGCAGCUGCAGCAGCAGCAGCACGAAGACGACGACUGGGAGAGGACGCCGGCUGCUGUUGCCGCUACCGCCGCUUACCUGCGCAUGCUCCAGCCCGAGUGCCAAGACCCGGCGUUCCGGCAAGCUCAGCUGGAGCUCAGCCUGCCGCACCCGCUGCUCAAGGAGGUGAGCGUGGUGCUGGCGCCGUCGCGGCAGCUGCAGCCGCUCACCGCCGCGCUGGAGGAGCUGCGCAGCCACUUCCUGCCCGUCGUCCUCUACGCCGUCGCCUGCGACCGGCUGUCCGACGCCGACGCCCUCGAGCUGGCGCACCUCAAGCAGAACUUCUCCGAGCCGGUCUUCUUCCUGCGCCUGCCCCCGCACACGCUGUCCGCGCCCGCGCCCCCCUACGCCCGCCUCACCACCACCUACGCCAAACUGGAAAGGGACCUCCUGAGCGCCGGCAACAACUGCGGCGGCACGGCACUGCACCGGCAGCUCGUCGGGCUGGACUACCUCGGCGGCGCGUCGGCGGGCGCGUCGGCGGGCCGGGCUCACAGCGCGCUGACGGACUGCGCCGACCGGCUGCCGCACUUCUCGCGGCUGGCGCUGCACGCUCGGCUCGUGGAGGCGACGGGCGUCCUGGGCGGGGUGCACGCCCGCGGCCUCGACCUGUUCAUCAGCCACGCGUUCGACAUGGCGCGCGACCUGCAGAUCACGCCGCGCCGCCUGCAGUACACGCGCGCCAAGGAGGAGGAGCUGUACGCGUCGCUGCUCGAGAUCGCCAACGAGAAGCAGGAGGAGAUCCGCCAGAUGAUCGUCGACACGCUCGACAGCAUGCGCAAGCAGCUGCUGGAGGAGGCGGCCACCACCGAGUUCGCCGACGUUCCUGUGAGCAACGGGGAGUCGGGCAGCGGACGUGGCGUCCAGCGCUGCUCCAAGCACAUCCAGGAGCUGGUGCUGAAGCGUCUGAAGGAGGCGGUGGCCAGCAAGCUCAUCGCCUCGGUGGACUACCUGCGCGAGAGCUUCGUGGGCACGCUCGCGCGCUGCCUCGACUCGCUCGAGAAGUCGGGCGGGGACGUCACCAGCAACAGCCUCACCAGCUCGCACCUCAAGCAGAUCUUGAACGCGGCCUACCACGUGGAGGUCACCUUCCAGUCGGGUUCCUCCGUCGCCUACAUCCUCUGGGAGCAGAUUAAGCAGCUGAUCCACAGCCUCACGUGGACGACGCCGCCGGCGCCCACGGCCGAGUGGAAACGCAAGGUGGCGCAGGACACCAUGGAGAGCCUCAGCGCCUCCAAGCUCGCCAAGAACAUCUGCAGCCAGUUCCGCGCGCGGCUCAACCACUCGCACGAGGCCUUCGCGUCCUCGCUGCGCCAGCUGGAGGCAAAACAUUCGGGCCGCCUGGAGCGCACGGAGGACAUGUGGCUGAGGGUGAGGAAGGACCACGCCCCACGCCUCGCCAGACUGUCGCUGGAGAGCCGCUCGCUCCGAGACAUCCUCCUGCACGGCAUGCCGCGGCUGGGCCCCGAGCUGGGCCGCGGGCAGUACGGCGUGGUGUACGCCUGCCACGAGCCUUGGGGCGGACACGCGCACUGCGCCCUCAAGUCGGUCAUCCCGCCCGACGACAAGCACUGGAACGACCUGGCGCUCGAGUUCCACUACACGCGCUCGAUGCCGCGGCACGACCGGCUCGUGUCUCUGCACGGCUCCGUAAUUGACUACACGUACGGUGGUGGCUCCAACAUGGCCGUGCUCCUCAUCAUGGAUCGGCUGCUCCGCGAUCUCUACACCGCCAUCAAGGGGGGGCUGGUUUUAGCGGCUCGGCUCCGGGUGGCGCUGGACGUGGUGGAGGGGAUCCGAUUCCUGCACAGCCAAGGCCUUGUCCACCGAGACAUCAAACUGAAGAAUGUGCUGCUGGACAAGUCAAACCGCGCGAAGAUCACCGACCUGGGAUUCUGCAAACCCGAGGCGAUGAUGUCGGGCAGCAUCGUGGGGACGCCCAUCCACAUGGCUCCCGAGCUCUUCUCUGGUGAGUUCGAGGGCAAACUAACAAGCAAGUACGACAACUCGGUGGACGUGUACGCGUUCGGCAUCCUCUUCUGGUACGUGUGCGCCGGCGCCGUGCGGCUGCCCGAGGCCUUCGAGCGCUGCGCCACCAAGGAUCAGCUUUGGACCAACGUGCGCAGGGGCACGCGGCCCGAGCGACUGCCCCUGUUCGACGAGGAGUGCUGGCAGCUGAUGGAGGCGUGCUGGGACGGUGACCCCGCCCGCCGACCCCUCCUUGGCAUCGUGCAGCCUCGCCUCCUCAGCAUCAUGCAUCGCCUGUGCGGGUCGUAGCGCCGCCGCACCUGGUCGCCACCCCCGCCCCCUAAACCCCCCCUCCCCCCCUCUCUCCCUCCCUCCGCCCCCGCCGCACUGCCCUUCCCGCCGGCGGCCUCCUCUGCUCUCCCAACUCUCGCUCUGCGUGGCCGCAUGUGACCGUCCGUCCGUCCGCCGGACAUGUGCCCCGCCGGGUUUUUAAAGCGGCGAGGACCGGCGGCCGUUGUCAACGAGAUGAGGGAGCCGGAGCCCGGAUAUCGUGCGAGGGGCUGGUGCCACAACAGGCGGUGGUCGGCGGAGAGAGGAGGGGGUGGCCGUUGAGGAAGUAGGAACCGGUUAGCACCGUCGUUAAGCCAGAUCGGGAUCGAGCCGCUGAGCCCAGGCUUGCGCCGCACCCACUUGCCGCUGGAUCGGGCCCUGAGGCCACAUCGGGGCGUCCGUCCGAUUGAAGUCAUCUGUAAAUAUGGGACGAUGCGGCCAGGUCAAGUUUGUUCUGUUCGGAUAGGACAAUCCGCCGAGAUCAGCGUCCCUUAUCCGGAUGAGACCUCACCAUCCAGAUUGGCCGAACUGGAUCAGCCGCAAGCGGAGAUCUCCAACUCAAUUGGACAAUAAUACAACUUGGAUCGGCUGUUCUCUCCAGCUGCACCAUCCAGAUGUCACCAUUCUUUGUGGAUUAAAUCUUCCAUCCACGUUGGACUCAUCUGAAUCUCGCCAUUUAUCUGCAUCUCACCAAUCAUGUGGACCUUGCCAAUAAUCAUCAACAUCCAUCCAGAUAGGGGCCUUUCACGCGGUCCAACUCAGCCCGUCCAGGCGGAUCAGAAUCCUCUAGCCGGAUUGAGCGCCCGCCAGUAGCUGGCUCCGUGCUCGGCAGCUGACGAUCGCCUGCCGUGAGAUCGGGGCGGACGCGGCACGUGCGUCGGGGCGGAGCGGAGCGGGCGGCUGGCACGAGAGGGACGAGGAGGGUGGGCCGACUGCACUGGCGCGCACGCUCCCUACCACGCUCGAACGCGGCGCCGUCGGAUUUUUCCCGAUCGUCGGGCCGAGUCGCCAGCCUUCGGCGAAGAAGAGAGGGCAAACAAAAGUAAAAGAACGGGGCCAGGCCGUGGGAUGAACGACGCCAAGGCCCACCGACCCGGAAUGUGGAAAAACUCGCCAGGCUUGCGCCCGCGACGCCGGCCUCUCUGGAGACGACACAAACCAGGGAACAGGGGAAGUCUGACUGUGAGGGGGGGGGGGAGGAGGAGGAAGAACAAGGCAUGGAUAGCGUCGCUACGGACCCAGGUUGCGAUCGUUAGUGUGAGCCUCCAGAGCUCGGGGUCACGUUGACGCAUUCUGUGCGCGCGCGUGCGUGCGUGGUGCUUUUUAAUUGGCCCACGGCAGAACGUACCAGCGGAGGUAAAUAAAACAUUUGCACGCGGAACUUUUGACGCGCGUCUCGAGCUCGGACCAUCGAGCGAGGAGGAUUGCUGACUCCGGUUGCCUCCAGCGCCGGCGGGGGGAGGCACCAGCAGCACCCACCACUGGGGGGGGGGGGGGGACGAGGGGGAAGGGGGGAGGCAGUCGGUGGGGUCGGACUAACCACGUGAAGUUCUACGUUUUAUUGCGGCUGGGGGAGCAGCUUUGAACUGCGCGAGUCGCACCCGUGUGUGUGUAUUUUGUCACGACGCGUUCAGAGCGGACGGGCGGCGACUUCUUCCGGGAGAGAGUUUCUGUCGCUCGUUUGCCGGAGAGACGCGAGGUUAUGGUUUACGUCGGAUAUCACUCCCCCCCCCACCCAUCUACCUACCGGUGAACUCCAAACUCACGCAGACUGUGGAUCGCACCUGGCCUUCCGAAAGCGAAACGGGAAAGUCGCCAAAAAAUAAGUUUCAUAUUUUAUUUAUUUAUUUUUGCUUUGCUCGCCGGCUCGCCAAGAUUGCGGUUCCACCUCCUCCACACAGCGACGCGGCUUCUUGGCCCUCGGUGGAGGGUGGAGGGUGGAGGUGGUGGCGAUCGGCGGCCAGACCGUACGACCACGAAUCUUAAAAAUCAAAAAUCAUAAUCCACCCUGCCACUCGCUUCAGGUUAUUCACACUGUAGAGUUUAGCACAAAAACAUUUUUUUUUACAAUUAAAAAUAAGAAUUAGUUUUACCCUUUCUCGCAAUAAAACACGUGCUAAGAUGUUCAAACACCAAGUUAGACACCUUUUGCAGGGAAUCAACUCCACAUUAAUCACACGCGGUACUUGUGGUGAACAUGCAACAUGCUACCAAACAUGCUAUGAUGAUGAUGUAUGCAUUGCCUGUGAAACCGAUUGGCCUACACGCCAGAGACAAACUGCUUUAUGGCCUAGUCCCACCAGUGUCAGACCAGACAACGGCGAAAGGGUUAACACCUCUUCUUGGUUCUUUCGGUAAAGUCACGUAGAAGGGAAGUAAUAAAAUAAUAAAAAUAAAACAUAAUAAAAUUAUUCUCACGACGUUUCGGCCACAACGCAAGCAGCCGUCUGCAGGUGAAGAACAGGUCCGUCGUGAGAAUUAUUUUAUGUUUUAUUUUUAUUAUUUUAUUACUUCCCUUCUACGUGACUUUACCGAAAGAACCAAGAAGAUGAAUCCCUGCAGUCACGAAAACUUUAAAUCGAAAGGGUUAACACCUAUUCUCAUUUUUCAUUCUUUCACACUGGCCAAAAAAGUUCCAAUGAUAUGUUUUUCAAGUGUUCGCGCUGCCGAGCGCCACAAAUCCCGGAACGGAUUCUGACCCGUGUUGUCUCCCCCCCGCCCCCUCCCGCUGGAAUGGAUUAUCAUGGCUUGGGCCUUGCCUUCACCGCCGGGCUUAACGCCACGAACCCCGAACGGAACGGAACGCUUCGGGGUGCCCCCCCCAGCUGCCUGCGUCGCCCUCCGGCUCCACCGCCCAGUGGGUUCCGGGCGACUGGUUCCCCCCCGUUGGGUUGUUCUCGUUUUAUCGUUCCUCUUGCUGGAUCGGCCCGUGUGUAGAUGUCAAAAUAUCAUGACGCUAAAACGUUCAAGCAAUUCCUAAUAACUGCAAUAAUAGGUAGUGUUUUCUUUUUUUACUUUACCAUUGAGAAAAGCAGCUGUGUUUACAACAAAUAUAUAUAAAGACUACCUUCUAAGCGUCUUACAAUGACCGCGUCGUCGGUAUUAUUUUCUCCGCCCUAGAACAUUGCCCGUGUCUUUUGCAAAGGGGCGCAUUCAUUUCGAACGUGCCCUCGCCGAGCCCGCAACAUUGCCGUGUGUUGGCGGCGCUGCGGGGUCGACACCGGGCGCUCUCUCGCCCGUCGUUUUGCAUCGAAGGAGAGCCGGCAAUUGUAAAGAGACACGCGCAAACAAACACUCGCUUGAGCGAGGGAGCGUUUGCGCCGCUGGUUACACGUGCAUGCGUGUGUUUGUUUGUUUGCUACGAUUGCCACGUUCUUAUUGCGAGCGCGUCUCUCCGGGUGAGCGGCGGUGCUUCGCCUCGCUGGGAAUUGAUGCUUUGUGUGCGCCCACGCGUCCCAGGCUGCGGUGAUGUGACCCAACCGUGUACCCACGCGUCCCAGGCUGCGGUGAUGUGACCCAACCGUGUGCCAGCAGGCCCGUGUUGACGUGGUAUUGGUAAGACGCGAAUAGUCGGUUCGCGGCCUCGAGUUUGGGCCAGAGAUUUUCUUGGUCAUGUGAGGUCGUGAUUCUUGAGGUCGCGAUUAGUGAGCUCGAGAUUCUUGAGGUCGCGAAGAAACGAGAGAGAGAGAGAGAAAAAAAAAACCGCGUGGUGGUUUUUUUUAGCGAUGAGCACAGCCGUCGGUCACACUGAGCGAGGCGUAAUGGGGACCACAGCUGGCACGUACUUUAAUCUCAUACUAAUCACGCUGCCUAGUAAGUAUCGUCGUUUUUGCCUGCCUGCCUGCCUGCCUCUGGCUGGGUCGAGGAGACCCCGGAUAAGCGAAGGCCAGCGCAGCGGUGUCUUUUUUUUCUGCGUUUGGGCCACGGAUGUCGGAUUUUGAGGAAAGCUGCCGAUGCGAGUGGAUCCUUUCCACGAGCUUCAAGGCUUUCGGCAUCAAGCUGAGCUCUCUAAAAUUAAGGGUAUAAGGGGGCGGUCCCAAUUGGGAGACAUGAAUAAGUAAAUUCUAGAUUUGAAGCUUUCGUGACUGCCAGGAAAAAACCUAAGAGUACGAAUAAGUAAAUUGACGAUGCUCCAGGAAGAAUAUGAGUUUCCCCAAGAGAUGUUAUGGGACAAACGCCGCAAUCGAUGCGUCUAGCGAUCUCAGUCGCAACCAGUUUAAUUCACGUUCUUAUACACUUAACCACCCCCAUCCCACCACCCCGUGUCGAGCGAUGGGAGUUCAUAAAUUAGCGUGACGUUACUCGGGCGGAAGGACACGUGUCUGAGAGCUGCUUGACGCCGUUUCAGGGGACAUCCGCGCUGACAAGUCGCUGUGGGCUCGCUCGCGACGAGAAGGGGAGGGGGGGUGAGACGACCCCGGCAGGGAGCGGCGGCUCAGUUGAGCGGGGCAACGCGGACCGAGAGGGAGAUGGAGCGCUGGGCAAUGCGACUUUGUGCGCGGGCACUAGAUGUGGGUUCGUUGCACCACGAGGAACCCCUCCCCCCCCCCCCCCCGAAUGACCGGCGGUCGCUUGGGAUGCCCUUUGACAGUUCACGGCUGGUGAUGAUGAUGUGUGCCGCCGCCGUGGUGGCGAGGCGUUAACUACCUCGCCUGGUAUACAGGAGGUCUCGUGGUUUCGACCAUCUUACGCCGGUUGGUGCUGGGUUAGUGUUGGGGGUGGUGUUGGUUGGUGGUUGGUGGUGGUGGUUGGUGUUUGCUGGUUAGUGCUGGGGGUGGUGGUGGUGUUGGGGGUGGU